AUGUAAAAAUCAUGGGAAACCUUAUGUAAGAAUCUUAGAAGUCCUUUCUUAUAACAUUUCUUAGAUAUUUAAACACUUAUUGAUGAACUUAACUAAUAAAUUGAUUAAACAUAACUUUCUCAUGAAAUUGCAAUUCAAAUUUAAGAAAUGAUAUCUCAAAUAGGUCAAAUGUAAGUUUAUAUCAUUAAAUUUUAGUAUAGAUGUUGAACAUUAACAUUUGCUUGAUGGUUUUGAAUAGACUGUCUUAUUAUUUGCAUAAAUCAAUUCCGAAGACAAAGUAAAAUAAUAUGAAACUUUGAAUCUCAUAUAAGAAUUAUUCAAUAAACUAGCUCUAACAUAUUUCUAUAAUGAUGAUGAUGAUUUUAUUAUUGAAAAGAAAGAGUAAAUACCUAUAAAUGAUGGAACUUCAACUUGUUCAGAUUUCUCAGAUGAUAAUUUUGAUGUUGAAGAUCUUGAAGCUUAAGUUGCAUAAGAACUCUUUCAAUAAAUUAAAGGUUAAUUGUUAAAUCCUGAUAUUCAAUAGAAAUGUUAUUAAUUCUAAUUUACUAUAUUUUAGGAGGAAUUGAAUAUCAUUGAUUUUUUUAACGAUUCACUUGAAUUAAAAAUUAAAGAAUCUGAUUUAAUUAUCUUUUUUAGUUAUUCAGGAUUGCUACAAAAAUUAAUGAAUUAUAAAUAAGAUAACUAAUUAGAAUUCUUUAUAAGUUAAUUAUAUAUUAUACUUAACAGAAUUAAAAAUGAUGAAAUUGAUUAAUUGAUUGAAACCAAUUGUUUUGAACUUAAAUACAGUAGAUUAUCAUAAAGGAAAUUCUUGAGAUGUAAAAUAUUGUCUAAUUUAUACACUAAACUUAUUUAUGAGAAAUUGGAUAAUUGGAGAAAUACUCAAAAUAUUUAAGAAAUACAAGGUGAAAAUUUAAAAGCUUUAAGAAGAUUUGUUAUUUAAAACAAAACGCCUUUAAGUAGAUGGGAAGUUAGUAUCUUAUCUAUUUAAGAUGUUCAAAUUAAUAAUCAAAAUAUUCUAGAUAAAUUUUAAAAAUUAGUUAUUGCACUUUCCCUUCCGUAUGAUUUACUAUUAGAGAAUUUCACUAUAUUAGAUAAGUUAUAUGUCAACUUAUAAUAAUUCUAAAAUUGGUUUAAAAUGAGUUCAAUUCCAUUUACAAAUACUGAAAUAGCUUAAUUAUUUAAAUAAGUCAGUUAUAUCUACGGGUGUUAUACUAAUUAAGGUAUAAAAGUUACAUAAAGAAUUGAUUUCUAUUAAUUUUUAGAAAUGGUUUAUGCACUUAAUUAAAAUUAAAAGGUUACUAAAGAUUAAUCUGACUAUAAAAAUAUUAAAUAUAAUGAUGAGAUUACUUUAUAACAAUAUAAUAGACAUUUACAAUUAAAAGUCAAUGAUUUGUAAUAAUAAUUAAACUAAAAAAAUAAUAUUAUUGAUUAGUUAUAAAAACCAUAAUAAGAUUCAUAAUUAACAUCAAGAACAAAAUCUAAAUCAAAUGAUGAAGUUUAAGACAAAGAGUCUGAAAUUAAAAUAGAACUUUUGCAUUAGGCAGAAAUAAAUUCAAUUAAAAAUGAAAGUUAACGUUAACUAAAAGUAGUUGAACUUAAAUGGAAAAAUAAGACAAAAGAUUUAUUAUUUGAUUUAGAAAAUAAAGAUAAAUAAAUAGAUCAAUAUAGAAUAUAAUUGGAAGCCUUAAUGAAAGAACUUGAAUGGGUAAAAACUGAAAGAAGAACCAAAUGA